UUUGCAUCGCUGAGCUUAGCAAGGAGCAGACUCAGCUCCCUUAAGCACCCGAUAAAUACCGCCUCCUCCCCUGCUUCCUCCCUACACAGACCGGGAAGGCAAAGCACAACACAAGCCAAGCCAAGCCGCAUUCCAAAGAACUCCAAGAUCAAACACAAAACACACCACCCUUUAGCUCGCGAAAUCAAAAUCGAAGCUACCACCUAGCAUUACACCAUGCCGCUGCUGUCCAUGGCGCCGCCGCUGGCCCCGUCCUUCCCCCGCCUCCCCCUGGCGCCUCUGCCUCUGCCGCCGGCCAUGAUCUCUCUCCCCGACCGCGCGCCCCCGCCCCCGCCGCAGCAGCUCGUGGUCCGGCAAUCGGGCGGCAAGCAGAAGGCCGUGGUGGUCCUUGGCGCGACGGGCACCGGCAAGUCCCGGCUGGCCAUCGACCUCGCGCUGCGGUUCGGGGGCGAGGUGAUCAACGCCGACAAGAUGCAGCUCUACGCCGGCCUGGACGUGGCCACAAACAAGGUGACCCCCCGGGAGUGCUCCGGCGUGCCGCACCACCUGCUGGGCGUCGUGGGCUGCCCCGACGACGACUUCUCGGCCCACGACUUCCGCCGCGAGGCCGGCCGGGCCGCGGCCUCCGUCGCGGCCCGCGGGCGCGUCCCCGUCCUUGCCGGGGGUUCCAACUCGUACGUGGAGGAGCUUGUUGACGGGGAAGGGGCCGCGUUCCGGGAAAGGUUCGAGCUCUGCUUCCUUUGGGUGGACGUCCAGCUGCCCGUGCUCAAGGGGUUCGUGUCCCGCCGCGUGGACGACAUGGUCCGCCGCGGGCUUGUCCGCGAGGUGGCCGCGGCGGUCGACCCGGAGCGCGUCGAUUACUCCAGAGGGCUGUGGCGCGCCAUCGGGGUGCCCGAGCUCGACGCGUACCUGCGCCAACUCCGAGCCGGCGCCGGAGAAGACGAGGGGUUGCUGGAGGCGGCGGUGGAGGAGAUCAAGGGGAACACGUGCGCGCUGGCGGCGCGGCAGCGGGGGAAGAUCCAGAGGCUGGCGAGGAUGUGGCGCGGGGUGAGGCGGGUGGACGCCACGGAGGUGUUCGUCCAGCAGCAGAGGAGCGGGGGACGCCGCGGCGCCGACGAGGCCUGGCAGAGGCUCGUUGCCGGCCCCUGCUUCGACGCCGUCAGGGCGUUUUUGAUGGAGGAACAGGAAUGCAGCUUCAUCCCCGGCGCCAGCGCCGGCGCGAAGGUUCCCGUCUUCGCCUCCGGGAAUGCCUCCUCCUCCGUCUUCGCCGCCAGCCCCGCCGCCGUGGCCACCGCCGUCGUCUAACGUUCCUUCCUGCAUACGUACAUACACACACAGCCUGCUGCCACGAACGUACGCGCUGUCACGGGCCAGCCGCCAUUGAUGGCCAGCUCUGAGCUCGAUCACGACCCGAUCGAGCUCUGCAUUCAGCGAGGGAGUAGUAACUAAGUAAAAUGACACCCCGUGGCCACGGUCAAUCCAUCGAUUACCCGUGGAGACGAAGCAGACAGAGUAGUUUAGCUUGUUCAUAUACGAGCUGAUCGACAUACUCUGCUCCGCGCCGGGUGAAAAAAGAGAGCCUUUUUUUGUAUUUUGAGAUGAGGUGAUCGAGAUGGAGCCUGUAACUUGCGAGUUUUGGGUUUUUUGCCACGUCAAUUAACUUAACCUUGGGAUGAUCGACUGUAGCAGGCUCUUGCUGUAAUAUACUAUAGAGAAAUGGUGAAAAUUUUCUUCUUACUC